UUGCCUUCCAUCUCCGUUACGUGGUAGGAGAUGCGGAGCCAUACUUCUUGGAUUUUUUUUUUUCGUUUUCCAAGAGAGGUAACCCUAAUUCCAAUUCUAUCCUAUCCCUAACCCUAAUGCCAAAGAAUCCAAAAAAAGUUUCCUGACAUCGCCACCCAUUAUACGAAAUCGACGAACGCGAUGUGGACGCGAUUGAGGGAGGAUUAAAUUGAGGUCUUGGGUUUGGAAGGAGAGGGGUAAGGAGAUGGACGGGUGGAAGUGCUUUUGCUGGAGCAGAGGAAUUACCUCCGACGUCGGCCCCCGCGAGCCGGAGCCCUUCUCCCUCCCCUCGCCCAUCCCCCAGUGGCCCAAAGGUGAAGGCUUUGCUCAGGGAAAAAUAUGUAUAGGAGAAUUGGAAGUUGUAGAGAUUACCAAAUUCCAGAGCAUUUGGAGCUGCAUUUCAUUAGAGGAUAAGGGCAAAGGAGCCACAUUUUUCAAACCCGUAGGGUUACCAGAUGGCUUUUUCAGCCUUGGCCAUUAUGCCCAAACAGAUGAUCAACCUUUGCAUGGUUUUGUUCUUGCAGCAAGAGAAUCUUUUGCUUGUAAUGUGACAGAUCUACCAGCUCUCCAGAAACCCAUAGACUACAUGCUCGUAUGGAGUUCAAAUAUAUGGAAUGAAGAUAAUUGUUAUGGAUGUGGCUGUUUCUGGCUUCCGAGCCCUCCAGAAUACUAUAAAGCUGUGGGUUUUGUGGUCACUAAAGAACCCCAAAAGCCCUCACUCGAUGAAGUCAAGUGUGUUCGAGCUGAUCUUACAGAUGAAUGCGAGACUCAUGGUUUAAUACUUCAUACAGAGUCGAUGAAUUCAGAGGUUCCUUUCCGAGUAUGGAGCACACGACCUUCUGAUCGGGGGAUGGGGGGAAAAGGUGUUUCUGUAGGAACAUUCUUCUGCAGUGCUGCAAGGAGCUCUGGCUAUCGGCCAAACAUUUUUUGCUUGAAGAAUGCCAAUUUCUCUCUACAUGCAAUGCCAAAUUUGGAGCAGAUCCAUGCACUUAUCAAGCAUUAUGGCCCCACUGUUUUCUUCCAUCCAACAGAGAUUUAUUUGCCUUCAUCAGUUUCCUGGUUUUUCAAAAAUGGGGCUACUCUUUAUAAGAGAGGGGAGUCAGUUGGAGAAGCUAUUGAUGCCAAUGGUUCAAAUCUCCCUAGUGGAGGGGGAAAUGAUGGAGAGUAUUGGAUAGAUUUACCGGAUGAUAAUAGGAAUAGUUAUGUCAAGCAUGGAAACCUAGAAUGUGCACAGCUUUAUGCUCAUGUCAAGGCAGCUCUCGGAGGAACCUUUACAGAUAUUGCAAUGUGGGUGUUUUGCCCCUUCAAUGGCCCUGCCACCAUCAAGAUUGGGCCAGUAAAUAUUUCUCUUGACAAGAUUGGACAACAUGUUGGAGAUUGGGAGCACUUCACGCUUCGAAUAAGCAAUUUUACAGGUGAGCUUUGGACUAUAUAUUACUCUCAGCACAGUGGUGGGGAGUGGGUUGAUACCCCAAGCUUGGAGUUCAUUCAUGGUAACAAAGCAGUUGUAUACUCAUCAAAGAGUGGGCAUGCUAGUUUCCCACACCCUGGGAACUACCUACAAGGGUCCCAAACACUUGGGAUAGGUGUGAGGAAUGAUGCUGCCCGAAGCAAGCUUGUUUUGGAUUCUAGUGUCAAGUACCAUAUUAUUGCAGCAGAGUAUCUUGGAAAUGUAGUGUUGGAACCACCUUGGUUGCAGUACAUGAGAGAGUGGGGUCCAACUAUCAUUUAUAAUUCAAGAUCAGAGUUGGAGAAGAUACUUGGUUACUUGCCCUUGAAUCUCAGGUUUUCAGUGGAGAACAUUUUUGAUAAGCUUCCAACGGAGUUAUACGGGGAGGAAGGACCGACGGGUCCUAAGGAAAAGAACAAUUGGGAAGGAGAUGAAAGAGGCUAGCUUCGCGAUUGUCUAUCUAGGUGUGGCUGUUAUAUCAGUUUUGUAUAUUACAUGGAGCAGAAACUUUGGAGUAUUUGUUCCAUUUUCUCCAGCUGUUUUCUUCAGAUUUGGAGAUGUUGUGACAGAGCCAUCUCUGUGGCAUUAAUUGAAAGUUGUUUGGGAUACUUAACAUCCAAAGAUCAGAACUCGCUAGUCAGCAUCAGGUUCUAGGUUGUGCAUAUAUUUGAUGUAUUUCUAGUUCAGCUGUAUCAUGAAGGAUAGACCAGGCCACAUCGAUGCAACAAAAGGGCUAUGUUCCCAAUUCUGUGUGAUUUUUCUUUGGAUUCAUGUAACACCACUUCCAGCUCUUUUUUAGGCUCAUGUGUGAUACACCUAAAAGAGUGUGAAGGCAGUUGAGAUCUUAGUCCUGUAAGAACAUAAAUGUACUACAACAUUUAAUGCUGCAGUUUAUUAGUAGCAUGUAUAAUCUGAUAAAAUAAGUGUCAUUCUCUCAGCAAAAA